GAGAAACGCGACGCUAGGCUCGCUGCCCUAAGCCACUUCGGUCGAUUCGAUUUCAUCGUCUCCUUGUCGCUUCCGCUGGGGGACGGAAAGCCGAGAACAGCCACAGUAUUUGUUUCAGCUCUAAUUAGGGUUUUCUCUUAUUGCAAGGAAUUGGAAUUUAGCAGUAUGUUUCUUUGGCGUGUUCUAGGUUUUGCCGAUCCAGUUUAUCAGCACUUUUGCGCGAAUAACAAUCCACUCAAAGGACGAUAACCAGUUAGGACUAUCAGUCGAGUAGUACCAGCUGCAGUAGCGAUUUAACAAUCCCUUGAGAAUGUCGGAGUUCGUCGACCUAGAGACACAGGAUGGAGUGCGGAUGACAUGGAACACAUUCCCGGGCACAAAGCAGGAGGCUUUGAGCUGCGUGAUACCAGUUGCCGCUAUGUACACUCCUCUAAAACCUAUUCCUGAUACGCCAGUGUUGCCUUACUCGCCUCUUAGGUGUCGGAUCUGUCGCUCCAUACUCAACCCUUUCUCUGUUGUUGACUAUGUUGCCAAGAUUUGGGUAUGCCCAUUUUGCUUUCAGCGGAAUCACUUUCCCCAGCAUUAUAUGUCAAUUUCUGAGGAAAACCUCCCUGCUGAGCUUUUUCCUCAGUAUACAACCAUUGAGUAUGCAUCCUCCCCAGAUACUGGCCCUAAAAUGCCUUCAGUGUUCCUCUUUGUUGUUGACACAUGUCUGAUAGAGGAGGAGAUUAUGUUCUUGAAGUCUGCCUUGUCGCAGGCCAUUGAGCUUUUGCCUGAGAAUUCCCUUGUUGGUUUAAUCACUUUUGGAACUUAUGUACAGGUUCAUGAAUUAGGGUUUGGACAUAUGCCAAAAUCUUACGUGUUUAAGGGAUCAAAGGAAAUCACUAAGGAGCAGCUCCUGGAGCAAAUGUGUUUCUUUGCUGGGAGGCCAAGGCCCAAUGUGGGGGUAAUUGCAGGGCCUAGGGAUGGCCUCUCACCAGAGAGUAUUGCUAGAUUCCUCUUGCCUGCCUCAGAAUGCGAAUUUGUCUUGAAUUCAGUACUUGAAGAGCUUCCAAGAGACCCUUGGCCUGUUCCAGCUGACCAACGUGCAUCAAGAUGUACAAGUACUGCAUUAAGUAUCGCGGCUAGUUUGUUGGGGCUCUGUGUUCCUGGUUCAGGAGCAAGGAUAAUGGCUUUUGUUGGCGGCCCAUCUACCCAAGGAUCAGGAUCAAUUGUAUCAAAGAAUCUUUCUGAGCCAAUUCGUUCUCACAAAGAUCUUGAUAAAGGAGCUGCUGCACUUUAUAAUAAAGCCGUCAAAUUCUAUGAGGCCCUUUCAAAGCAACUUGUUCACCAAGGCCAUGUGCUGGAUUUGUUUGCUUGUGCACUUGAUCAGGUUGGUGUGGCAGAACUUAAAGUUGCAGUUGAGAGAACAGGAGGUAUUGUUGUUCUAGCAGAGAGUUUUGGACACUCUGUUUUUAAGGAUUCACUUCGACGAAUUUUUCAGUCAACUGAUUAUGAUCUUGGUUUAGCAUUCAACGGUGUGUUCGAAGUUAAUUGCUCGAAGGAUGUAAAAGUUCAGGGUAUCAUAGGUCCCUGUGCUUCUCUUGAAAAAAAAGGACCUCUUUGUGCAGAGACGGUUGUUGGUCAGGGGAACACAACUGCUUGGAAGAUGUGUGGACUUGAUAAAAAGACAUCAUUAUGUCUGAUAUUUGAGAUAGCCAGGAAAGAUGGUCCAGAAUCAAUCUCUCAACAUACGAGCAACCAAUUCUACUUCCAAUUUUUGACAUAUUAUCAACAUAGUGAUGGUCAAAUGAGAUUACGAGUGACUACUCUGUCUAGAAGAUGGGUAACUAGUUCUGCUGAUGUGCAGGAUUUGCUUGCUGGUUUUGAUCAAGAAGCUGCUGCUGCAGUCAUGGCACGAUUAGUUUCUCUUAAGAUGGAAAUAGAGGAUGAUUUUGAUCCAAUAAGGUGGCUUGAUCGAUCGCUGAUCCGAUUAUGUUCCAAGUUUGGGGAUUACCAGAAAGACAGCCCUUCCUCUUUUAGUUUGUCUCCACGUUUAUCGAUAUUUCCUCAGUUUAUGUUUCAUUUGAGGCGUUCACAAUUUGUGCAGGUCUUUAACAAUAGCCCUGAUGAGACAGCAUACUACAGGAUGAUUCUCAACCGAGAGAAUGUUGCAAAUGCAGUUGUCAUGAUCCAACCAUCACUGAUUUCUUACUCCUUUCAUUCUUCCCCUGAACCAGUUCUUCUGGAUGUAACUGCAAUUGCUGCCGACAGGAUCCUUCUUCUGGAUUCAUAUUUUAGUGUAGUUGUAUUUCAUGGAGCAAGCAUUGCACAAUGGCGAAAUUCUGGCUACCAAAAUCAACCUGAACAUGAGACAUUUGCUUAUUUGCUUAAAGCUCCACGUGAGGAAGCAGAUGCAAUAAUGAAAGAGCGAUUUCCUGUUCCUCGUUUAGUUGUUUGUGACCAGCAUGGCUCUCAGGCUCGUUUCCUUUUGGUGAAACUGAACCCAUCCGUCACAUACAACUCCAACAAUCCUCCCCCACCUGGUGGAGAUAUCUUAUUCACAGAUGAUGUUAGCCUUGAAGUCUUCCUUGAUCAUCUUCAGCGACUUGCAGUUCAGUAAUUUUGACUGUAUGCAGCGUUAAAAUUGUCUCAAAUUGCAUGCCUGAUUCAUUGUACAGUAGGAAAAGUCACAUCGUUAGUUCCUAGUAAGCUCGAGUGUAUUGCCUGUCUUGUUUGCCUAUUGAUUUGGUUAAUUACAUGUAAAGAUUUGUAUUCAAAUAUUAUGCUCCCUUCCACCUUACACUUGUCUUUUAAAUGUAAUUUGAUAUGGCAAGUACCCUGUUUAGUUCCAAUAUUGUAAUCUUUGCUGGAUGCUGAACAGAUAGAGCUCAUCUUUUUGUUUUA